UGUCAGAUCUGCUCUGUGGAGGAGAGAAGUAUUAAACAGAGGUAAACAGCUUAAGGUAAAUAUCCUUAGGCACAGAUCUAGGAUCAACUCUGAUAUCUAACAAAAACUGACCUCAGAUCAGUGUCUAGAAGCAAUGUCUUCCUACUUUGAGAUCUCAUCUGUCUCAGCAUCUUUCUCUGGAUUACUGGACAACUAUAACUAACCCUGGGUUUGCCGGUGUUAACCCUUAGACAACUAUUACUAACCUUGGGUUCGUUGGUGUUAACCCCUGGACAACUAUAACUAACCUUGGGUUCGUUGGUGUUAACCCCUGGACAACUAUAACUAACCCUGGGUUCGCUGGUGUUAACCCCUGGACAACUAUAACUAACCCUGGGUUCGCUGGUGUUAACCCCUGGACAGCAUGGCUGCUGUGGGAAAGAGAUGAUGAUUGACUAUGAAUUUCCCUGCAGAGUGUCCCUCUCCAUUAGCCUGUGUGCCGGCUGGGAGGAGUGUGUGUGAGAGUGUGUUAGCACCACACACACACACACACACAGCACACACACACACUCUAACGGCCAUGCCCCAGAGAUACUCCUACCAGAAGAGGAAAGCCAGCACGGCAGCAGCUCGGAGGAUGGAGAGGCGAGGCAGGGACUCUGGGAAGACCAACAACACCAACACUAGCCACAGCCACCGCUCCAAGAAGCUAGCCAUGCUCUCCAGGUCCCUGAUCCUCUGUCACUCCAGAGCCAGUGAUGACUGCCCCAGCCCCGAAGAGAGACCGCCAGGGGAGGCCUGGAAGGGAGACAGGGGCUUGGGGAGAGAUGGGAAGGGGAACAGGGAGGUGGAGAGGUCCCAGAAGAAGAUCCAGGAAGGACCCCAGGAGAGUGGAGGAACUAUGCAGGCAUCUACACAGCCACCCGUAGGGGCCACCAACACACUCAGGGCUACAGGAGAACACAAGAGGAAUAUGAGGAGGUCCUUCAGUAUCAAGGAGAGCAGUAUCUGGAGGAUGUGUGUAACGACGGGGGCGGGUGAGGAGGAUCUGGGCCGACAGACUGGCGAUAGCAGCCCCCAGGCGGAGGACAAAGAACCCAGUGUGGAGCGAGGGAGGAAGGGAGGAGGGGAUGGACACAGUUACCUUCAGAGUACAGACAAGCUUGCACCUUUUAACGGACAGUGUCUGAACGGCCAUGCCAGGACAGAGGGGGAGAGGCAGGCCAAGAACGGCCAUGCUGCAAGGACAGAGGGGGAGGGAGGGAGGCAUGCCGCCUCCAGGAACAGCCACAUAACAGCCUACAGUGAGGAAAGCUCAACAUGUGAGCAGCAGCCCCUGUCCCCUGGAGGUCUAACCCUGGCCCCCCUGCACUCGGUCCCCCUGUGCCUGACAGACCCCCUGGCAGUGACCAACUACACAGAGACAGAACAAACUGGGAACAACAACCACCUCAAGCUGGCAAUCCCAGAGGUGAAUGAGGACAGAGGUUGGGACACAGAGAGGAGAGGACAUGGUCUUCAGGGACAGACGGUCUGCAAGAGGACCCGCUCCAACUCUACCAGUGUCCAUCCAUACUGGAUUGGAGACCUGGACACCAUUAUCCUGAAGACGCCUGAGCUAUGCGGGAGCAACACCCACGGAACCGUCGGUUUCUUUGGCAGCAGGAAGUCCCAGUCCCAGCAGCUGGAGUUUCCUCACAACCCCAACCAGCCCGUUCCCCGUCCCUCUCGCUCUCUUAGCUCCGCCCAUCUGGUCCACUCCUGCAGUAACGUCCAAGCCUUCAUCAUCUGUAACAUCGUGCUGAUGAAGGGCCAUGGCAAGGGUCUGGGGUUCAGCAUUGUGGGGGGCAGGGACAGCAUGUACGGACCCAUGGGUAUCUACGUCAAGACCAUCUUCGCUGGAGGGGCCGCGGCUGCAGAUGGCAGACUACAUGAGGGGGAUGAGAUCCUGGAGUUGAAUGGAGAGUCUCUACAUGGACUAACUCAUGAGGAUGCACUACAGAGAUUCAAACAGAUAAAGAAGGGUCUGUUGACUCUGGUGGUGAGGACCAGCCUGCGUGUCGGCGCCCUCUGUGGCCAGGCAGCGGUAGCACAGCUGUGUCGGUCUCGCUCUCUCAGCUCCAGUACUGGCAUGUCCAGGGUCAGCACUGAAAUGGGGGACUACAAUUACCUCAGUGGUGUCACCACAGCCAACACACACACCAACACCAUACCUCAGCCACCUUUGGCCAAACCCCGAGAUCGUGUCAUGAUGGAGAUCACCUUGCAUAAAGAGGCUGGUGUGGGGCUCGGCAUUGGGCUGUGUUGCGUGCCGUCUGGAGAUGGUUGCCGUGGCGUCUAUAUCCACACCCUGUCCCCUGGGUCGGUGGCACACAUGGACAGUAGACUCAGAUGUGGAGAUGAGAUUAUGGAGAUCAACAACACAGUGGUAUACAACAUGGUACUGAAUGAUGUGUACACGGUUCUGAGUCAGUGCUCCCCCGGGCCAGUCCAGAUCAUCAUCAGUCGACACCCUGACCCCAAAGUGUCAGAGCAGCAGCUGAAUGAUGCCAUAGCCCAGGCUGUAGAGAACAGCCAACUAAAGCAGGACGCCAGUCAGUGGAGUAUAGACGGCCUGCUUAGGUCUGACCCCUGCUCCCACUCCAGAGGGAAGUGUGAGCGCUGUGUGGCGAGGAGCUUCGGCCAACUGACUGCCCGGCGAGCCCAGAAGAACAUGACCCGCUCCUGUAGUGACAGCAACACAUACAACCAGAACCACCAUCAUAACCAUCAGCACAACCGCUGCCCCGGACCAGGAUCCAACCUGGUUAAUGGUCAAACCCUGACUAUACCCAACCACAACCACAACAUGCACCAUAAUCUGAUGGAAAGGGUCCACAGCCUCGACAUCCCCAUGGGGUCCACGCUUGAGCCCUGGUGUGAUAACAGACUGUCUGCAUUGGUCUACCCUAUCCCUGAUGACGACUAUAACGUCCCCUACAACUCCCCAGUAGCCAACCUCUCCUGCCAGCGCACGUUAGACCUGGCCACAAGGGGAAAUAAGAACAGGCCCAAAGCCCUUGCACCUCCAAGGAGGUACUGCCGACACCAGGACGUCACUAGUGAGGAGGGGGCCCCUGGGGACCUGCCAGACUCCAAUGUUUCCAGUAGAGGCUCCCCUGUUAGAGAGGACGGAUGGAGUCCCACACAUACCAACUGUCAGGAAGUAGAGAGUGAGAGAGAAAGAGAGAGAGAAAGAGAGCAAGAACACUCAGGGGGAAGUGGAGAGACUCUCACCCACUCAGAGGCUCGCUCUGCUGCCAUCACUGACUGCCCUCGAUACUCAUCCUGCACAGAAGACAGACUACACACAGGUGCUGAAUCUGCCUUCCACCUCUGCUCCCAGAGUAAGAGGCCGGGCCUGAGGAGGCAGGGCCGCGUGGAGCAGCUCCCCCCAGAAAAGCUUCACGACCCCUGGGUUAGGAUCUCCGACAGCGCCCCUGAUCUUGGAGGUCCUGAAGACCCCCAUCAGAACCAGAGUCUGACUCAUCCGAGCACACACCGUCACAACACACACUCCCACAGUAGCACACACCAACAACAAACACACCAUCUCAGCUCACACCACGACACCACACACACUCCAUCCCAAACCGACAGACACCCCAACGACACACACUCCCCAGUCGCCAUGAGCCAACCGAGUGAGUUUCCCGAGCUUCCUGAACUCAACUGUACUUCCACCCCACCACACCGCCCCAGACCCCCACCACCCCUCCACCCUUGCCUCCCUAAUCUCCACCCUCAGGGCCCCCCAGUUGCCCCCAAGCCUGUGUGGAACCGUCAGAGCCUCAGGAGUAUUAGGAAUGGGAGGCCCCAGGCUGAGCUGGCCAAACCCCUGGACAUCAGAGGCGGUGGAACCACCUUCGGGGUACGUCUGCGGCCCACCUCCUCUACAGCCCAGCUGUCAAUCAAGCAGAAGAUCCAUUCAUUUGAGACCUUCUCUAGUCCUGAGGGUAAAGGUCAGGAGAUGGAGGGCAACAACAGGAGGCCCCUAGCCCCCUCCACUUCCCUCCCUCUGAAGGACAAGGCACCCGUCAGGAGUGACCCCCCUCUCUUAGAGGAGAAUGGCACAAUCCAACAUGACAUGGGCAAAGGAGCCAAAGUGACCUCUCCAAUCCCUGACGAGGACCAGGACAGGAGGAUGUCCUCUUUUCCCCCUGGAGCCACUCCUCACUCCAUCCUUCCACCCUCUCCUGCCUCCCACCCUUCUUCUCCUACCUGCUUUUCUCUUCUUCCGACCCCCCACCCUACCUCGGAGCUCCAGACCCCAGUGGAAGAGACAACAGACCCCAAUGCAGAGAUCUCUGACUCGCCAUCCCCCGAGGACACCACCACCUCCCAUGUUUCCCAUGCCCUGAUGCGUUCCAUGCACUCCCUGCUCCCCUCCCUGGUUCUACUAGGCCGGCAAUUUGAGCACAUCCAAGUGGUGAUUCUGCACAAGGAGGAAGGAGCAGGUCUGGGUUUCAGCAUUGCAGGUGGGAUAGACCUGGAGAGCAAGGCUACCACAGUGCAUCGUGUUUUCCCCCGCCUGGCGGCUCAAGAGGGGACCGUGGAGAAGGGUGACGAGGUGCUGUCCAUCAACGGCCAGACAACUAAGGGGUGCGACACACGCGGACGCCACCGCACACUGCGCCAGGCCCGCAUCAUGAGACUGGCCGUGGUGGUGGUGAAGGGGAGAGAGGGAGGAGGAGACAAGACUGAUGAUUCCUCUGUCAGCAGUAGCAGUACAGACCUCAACCCCACAGGUGAGUAG